CAAAACACUAUUACCUAUAACUGAAAAAGAAAGAAAAGAUGCAAGCUUUAUCUCCUCUCUUCUCAAGUAACUUCGCAUGGCCCUCUGAGGAUCUCAUACCAAAUCAUUUUCAACUUGAUGGCAAUGAUCAUUCUAUAGAUGUUGAAGCCAAUUCAUAUAAAUCUAUUCUUGGUUUUCAUACAUAUGCAGAUAUCCAGCCUGAUUUUGCUAAUGAAAAUUCUAAUUCUUCUGGAGGGCUUGUAAAUGGUGAUUUCACUAAUCCUUUGAUGGUGGUGAAGAAGCUCAAUCAUAAUGCCAGUGAAAGACAUCGUCGUAAGAGAGUGAACGACUUGUAUGCUUUCAUUCGUUCACUACUACCGAUUUCCACUGAUCAAAAGAAAAAAGUAAGUAUCCCUGGAACAGUAUCGCGUGCACUGAAGUACAUACCAGAACUACAAAAGGAAGUAGAGACAUUAAUACGUAAAAAGGAAAAGCUUUCAUCAUAUUCAUCAUCAAAAGCUUAUUUGAGGCAAGAAGGCAUGAAGAACGAAAUGGGUAAAGAUGCAAAAAUUGAAACAAAUUCAUCAUUUGUUUCUUCGGUAAGAGUUUUAGGAGCCAAAGAAGCUGUGAUACAACUGAUUUCUUCAAAGGAUCAUAUGCACAAGAGGAAGGAGAUUGGCUUCUUGUCAAAGGUUUUGAAAUACUUAGAGGAGGAAGAAGAUGGGUUAGUUUUGCUGAAUUCAUCGACCUUCAAAUCGUUGGGGGAAGGGAUGUUAUUUAGCACUCUACAUAUUCAGGUGCAAGGUGAUAAUAACAUAGACGCUGGAAGGCUGAAAGAGAAGCUCUGCUCUUUCUACCAACAAUCAGAUUGAGUUUUACUCCAGUUAGAAUGCAUUGUCUACAUAUUAGAUCUAGUAAUCAGCAAGCUUUAGUUUUUGACAUAUUAGUUAUAUAGCGUUCAACAAAAUAGAUCAUUGAGAAAGUAAAUUAAUGCCUAAACAUUUGUAAAUACUAGAUAAUCAAAUGUGAAUGAUAGUAAG